CCGAUAAUUCUCUUCAAUCCUUGGAUCCGAUUAACUAAACCCGGCGCUAAUUCCUUGCGCGACAUUCAAGCUUCGAGCAACCCAUUAGUGCAUUGCAAUUCUGACCUUAGGGGUCUGCAUAUCUAGCCACGUCUAGGUAGGUAGGUACUUUCAAGAAAGCGGACCGGAAUGAGUGAGCCACUCGGUGUGGGUACGUUCCGACCCUCAAGCUGGAUCGGGUCUUGGACCACGGGCGGCCCCGGGAGAGCCCCGGAAAGUGGGGUAUAUCGAGUAGCAAUGCCGGGCUGGUGUUGAAUUUCCGUCGGCGUCAAUUGGUCGGUUAUAUACUUCGCCCUUCUUUACCUAGACAAAGCAGUAUGCAUGAGGAUGCACUAUAUACGGUAUUACGUCUGCAACGCUGGCGACUUGGAAAACGAGGGGACUCUCUGCCAGCUCUUCACCACGCUAGAUGGGAUCACGGUAAAUGUGCGCUACCGUCGUGCCCCUGAACAUCCCCUUUUUCACCAUGAGCGGGCGUGGAGUAUUCAGAUUUAGCAGGCCGAUAUCAUAUAAAAGACGAUUCUCUACCCAGGAAAACCUUCAGGAAAUGCCAUGAACAGAAUUAGUAGAAUGCCAAGCUGGAUUCACUAUGAAAAGUCUUUCAAAGAUGUGCGGGAUACCGUCGCAUUUCGCGCUAAAGACGCCAAAUGAAAC